UUCAUGCGCCGGAUAUGUUGACUCUCUGUAGAAAUCUCAAAUGCUGAUGUGUUACAAGAAACUACACCGAAAGCAGACUUCUGAGUUUAUUUUUUGAUGCACUAAUAUAAUAACGGAGAGAAGCGGCGGUGGGUCACAGGUCGAUGUCAAAGAAGACGCAGUGGAAGAGAUCAACAGCACCGCGUCUGAGAGCCAAUGGCGCCCAAAGGGAAAAUUGGCACAAAGGGAAAGAAGCAGAUCUAUGAGGAGAACGAGGCGACGCUGAAGUUCUACACAAGAGUCAUCCUAGGAGCUAAUGCAAUAUAUGGGGCUGUAAAUCUUUUGGUUUUCUACAAUUCGUCUAACUUUUGGACAUGGCUGCUGCUUGUGUUUGCACUAGCAGUGUAUGUCGGGAGCUACCGCUCUAUGUCCGCCAUGGCCAAGCCAGCGUUUGCUGAGGAUGGAAGUCUCCUGGACGGAGGAAUAGACUUAAACAUGGAGCAGGGAAUGGCAGAGCACCUGAAGGACGUCAUCCUACUCACAGCCAUAGUACAAGUGCUCAGCACAAUCUCCUCUUAUUUCUGGUAUCUUUGGCUGCUGGCCCCGGCCCGCGCCCUCUACCUGCUGUGGGUGAACUUUCUGGGCCCCUGGUUUAUGGCAGAUAACCCGUCGGCACCAGAGGAAGUGAAUGAAAAGAAGCAGAGAAGACAAGAGCGCAGACAGAUGAAGAGAUUCUAAUGCUGCAGAGCAGACAGAGCAGUAUUUUUAUACACAGAAUCUAAUAUACAGAUGGGAGGAACUCAUAAGUUAUUCAGGAAGAAAUUUUGUUAUUACAUAAAGUCAAUCCAAAUCUGAUACCGUGGAAUCUUGUUUUCCAUGUUUUCUCCUGUAAUCCAAUUUUCUCUAAAUUAUGAAAUGGAAUCUUCCCUAUUUAGAGUAUGUCACGGUCCAAAUGUCAUUUGUCCUCAUGCAGAGAUUUAAGAGUCUGUUGCACAAUCACAUCACACUGCCCCCUGCAGAUUUCCAUAAAAUGUUCCCCUAACUGCCCUGUGAUACAGUGACAAGAUUAUAGCCCCCUGAAUUUAUUCUGUGUGUCAUGGCAUGUCUUAUUUUUAUUUUAUUUUUAUUUUUCAAAAAAGUCUCUGAUUUAACAGAAUCUAUCGGUGAGCCUUCAUUACAGAGCCGAGAGAUUUUGUUUGUGAGACAUUAGGUCUUAUAAAAUUGACUGAAUAGUAAUAAAGUUUUAAUAGGACAGUAAACUUUUUGCAAUAAAAAUUCUUCCUCCAGUGUGCGGAGUUGA